CUGCAGACGCUGGCGGCCGGCGUGCUGGGCUUCGUCUUCUCCGACAGGGCGCGUGGGAAGGUCAGCGAGAUCAUCAACGGGGCCAUCGUGCACUACCGGGACGACCUGGACCUGCAGAACCUCAUCGACUUCGGGCAGAAGGAGUUCAGCUGCUGCGGGGGCGCGUCCUACAAGGACUGGUCCCAGAACAUGUACUUCAACUGCACCGCCACCAACCCCAGCCGGGAGCGCUGCUCCGUCCCCUUCUCCUGCUGCCUGCACGACGCCAACCAGACCGUCAUCAACACCAUGUGCGGCCACGGGAUGCAGGACAAGGGCUACCUGGAGGCCAGUGCCUUCAUCUACACCAACGGCUGCAUCGACAAGCUGGUCAACUGGAUCCACAGCAACCUGUUCCUGCUGGGGGGCAUCACCCUGGGGCUGGCCCUCCCCCAGGUACGGGGGUCCCCGGGAACUGGGGGGGAGAAGGGUUCAUCCCACAGCUCCACUUUGUGCUCCAUCUCAUUUGGGAGUUGCCUUAAGGAUGUGGUUAAUUGUAACCCAGGGGGAUGUCCGGGCAGGAUUUUGGGUGAGGGAACAGUGCAAAUGUUGGGCACGGGGGGCACAGGGGUGACAGUGCCUGGUGUCCCUCAGCACCUCCUUCUCACGUUCCUCUUUUUCACUCUCUCUUCUUCCUCUUUUUCUCU